AUGGCUUUAGAUCUUAGAACUUCCUUGAAAAGGAAGCCAUCCAGGAAUGAUCUUAAUCCAGACAACCCAGAGUUGACAACAACCCAAGAAUCCGCUCCUCAGACAGGAGAGACCUCUGAGGGCUUGAGCAUAGUCGACACAUUUCGGUACAACAGUAACUCAAGUUCAAGGCAGGAGCUGCAAAGACUCUUUGAGUCUUUUUGCUCGUGGCUGCAGCCCGAAAAGCACAGCAAGGAAGAAAUUAUCUCUCAACUGGUUUUUGAGCAAUUUAUGAUGAGUGGCCACCCCAGGGACAAGCCCACGUUGAAGAAGAAAUGGGAAGCAAGAGGCAGAAACCUGGAGAAACUAAUGGAAGACCUAAAUGACGACUGCACGAAGCCACCUGUCUUAGUCCAUGUCUACAUGCAGGGACAGGAAGCCCUUUUUUCAGAGGAUAUGCCUCUAAAAGACGUCAUCUUUUACCUGAAGAGACAGCUGUCAGCAGGAACCCCCACAGGAGACAACAUGAGGACACCCUUAUGUACUGGCCAUGGCACUUCCAUGGCAACAGCACAAGGUGAUGAUUUCUCUGUUUUUGCAGAUGAAGAAGAUGGCUGCAACGCUUCUUCAAAAACUACUCAAGGAAAUGACACUCUUACUGAACAGAGCGAUCAAAUCGUUUCCCUAGUCAUUAUCCAGGAUGAGGACAGUCCCAGCAGUUCUGAAGAGGGACGUGUUUCUCUCAGUAACACACACAGUUCUAGACGUGCAGAGCAAGGCAUCCCGGGGUCCCAGGAAGGAUGCCUAGAGGGGCCCUCUGAGCAACACGGCCCCAUGGAGGUGAGGACAGGGCCCUUACCCAGUCCAGAUGCGUCCUCACCUGAGCCUGCCCCUACCAAUCAGAGUAGUGAGGGAAACUCCACAAGUGGGGGACAUCAAGAAAGGUCCCACAACGCCUCAAAAUCAUAUGAAUGUGAGGAAUGCUCCAAGGUCUUUAGGUAUUCCAGCCACUUGAUAGCUCACCAGAGAAGACACAAAAAUGAGAGGCCAUUCGUUUGUGCCGAGUGUCACAAAGGUUUCUUCCAGACUUCAGACCUGCGUGUGCAUCAGGUGAUUCACCAAAGAGAGAAGCCUUUUGUAUGCAGCACUUGUGAAAAGCCGUUCAGCCACAGAACCAACCUGAAGGCUCAUGAAAGAAUUCACACAGGCGAGAAGCCCUACACGUGUUCCUUGUGCCACCAAAGCUAUCGCCAGUCAUCCACAUACCACCGCCACCUGAGGAUGCACCAAAGGACUGCCCUCCAAAAUGCUCGCUCCACUCCAGAAGCCUCCUCAGCUCUUCCCUGA